AUGCUCGACUCGCUCGCCAAGCUCGAAAUCUCGAUUCGCCCCCAGUCGGUGCCCUCCUGGAUCAACAGCGACGAGCACCAUGCACCCAAAGCGUCAUCCUUCCCGUCGCGCUCAACGCAUGGCGAUGAUACGCUCGCGUCGUCUGUGCGCCCGCGCGCACCGAUCCUUCCGCUGCCCAAACCUACCGCAGAUCCCGAGAUUCGACCGCGCGCCAAGCGUAUGACAAGCUUCAAGCGCAAGGUCAAGCAGUCACUGACCGAGUCACUCAAGUCGCUCGAGUCGUUUGGUCGCACGAACCUUGGACGCGAGCUUGGCCACAAGCACGCGAUCAUGCAAACGGUCGUAGACCCGGAGGGCAAUGUUCAUUUUGUCAACAUUGAUGGGCUGGACGACAGCGUCGACAGCUUGAGUAUCGACGACGACGAGUGGAAGCCGUUUGGGCGCAAGAUGGAGCCAAUCGAGACACCAACGGGCCGGGUCUUUGGUGGUCCAUCGACGUGCUUCGACAUCCCCGAGUUGCCGCGAGGCCAGCGCUGUGUCUUCAAUAUUCUAUCUACCUGGGGCGACCCUUACUACGUCGGUCUCAUGGGCAUCGAGAUAUUCGACCACACUGGCCACCUCGUCCGCCUUUCGGACGUGGACAAACAGCUGUCGGCGCACCCGGCGGACUUGAACGUCAACUCGCCAACGACACAGGACCCGCGCACCAUUGACAAGAUCGUGGAUGGCCACAACUACACGUGCGACGAGCUUCAUGCGUGGCUGGCACCCUUCGAGCGCGGACAAAACCACUACAUCUACAUGGACUUUGACUACCCAGUCUCGAUUGCAAUGAUGCGCGUCUGGAACUACAACACAACGCGCAUCCACUCGUACCGAGGCGCACGCUACAUGGAAAUCUCCCUCGACGGCCGCUUCAUCUUCAAGGGCGAUGUCAAGCGCGCAGUCGGCGCCGUCGACUCGAUGGAAGCGUGCUGCGAGUGCAUCCUUUUUACGCGGAAUCCUUCCAUCCUCCAAGUUAUUGAAAAAUAUGAGCAAAAAGAAGAUGAAGCGACGCCCCGAACGCUCGCGGCCGCGACGGAGGGGCCUGAGAAACGCCAUCUGAGCUGGUGGGAGCAAGAUAUUCCCGCCGAACGCCCCAAGACCGGCGAGAAACGGGGGCGACAAAAGGAUCUGCUCUCAAUGCCAACAAGCACCAAUGGAAUUUGCGAACCGUCGUCUGGGAUGCGCCCAUCAGCGGCGUUUGCGCCGUCGCCAGCGCUCUCACCGUUUCGGCCUCGAACAGCCCCGAUUGCGCGGGAAAAGGGCGCGGAUCGACCAGUUAUGUGCCAAGAGAUCAAGCUCUUCAUCAAGGGCAAUUGGGGUGACCCCACGGAAGUGGGGCUCACGGGCCUUGAGAUACUUGACGGCAAUUUCGACACAAUCCCGAUCGACGCGGACUGUCUCUUCCCACCGAGCGUGCUCGUGCUGCUCAUUUCGCCCAACAACAUUUCGACAGACGCUGACGACAUGUGGCUCACGCCACUUGCGACAGAGCCGUCGAUUGUGAUCAACUUUGGCUUGCGCCUCUCUGUUGGGGCUCUCAAAAUAUGGAACUACAACGCGUCGCUCGAGGACUCGUACAAAGGUGUCAAGCGCCUCGCUAUCAUGAUGGAUGGGGACUGGAUGUCCCCGCCCGAAGGCUUCUUGAUUCGAAAGGCUCCUGGCAACUCGAAUUUCGAUUUUGGCCAGUUUGUACAGCCCAAGUCAGCGCACCACGCGUCGUCGACCGUGCUCACAAGAUCCAUUGGGGGCGACUUUUUCCAGACUGAGCCGUUCGCGCACCCGCCGCCACCGACCGCCGACCCCAAGCGCAUGAGCAGCCAACGUGCGUUGGCCCCACGUCAUGAGACGCGCGAAUCCAAGGCUACCAGCAACGCGAUGCCCAAAAUCGACGAGACGCUGCUGUGUCAGCAGUACCACACGCCGCUGUUUCCAUGCGGCUGCAUCGUCAAGAUCGUCAUCAUGUCGACGUGGGGCGAUCCGUUUUACGUCGGCCUCAACGGCCUCGCUCUCUACGAUGCGCAAAAUAUGCUCGUACCAAUUGGCGAAGACCAGAUCCAGGCCGUGCCCCGCGACAUCAAUGUCCUCCCGGAGAGCAAGGACGCCGACGUGCGCACGCUCGAUAAGCUCUACGACGGCAUCAACAACACGUAUGACGACUGCCACAUGUGGCUCACGCCCUUCAACUAUUCGUCCGAGAGCGUCAAGAUCUUUAUCUUCUUUGACGAGCCUAUCGUGCUCUCCAAGCUCAUGCUCUGGAACUACAGCAAGACGCCCUCCCGCGGGGUGCGGGAGUUUGAGGUGAUGAUGGACGACGUACUCAUAUACCACGGCGUAUUGCGGAAGGCCCAAGAGUGCACUGACCCCGACCUCCGACGACGCGCGAAUAACGGCGCGACGAGCCGCCGCAUGGCCCACGUGCCGGACAUGGCGACGAGUGUCCUUUUUACCAACGACGCGGACGUGCUUGAGGCCGAGAGCGACGCUGGUCACGUGUACGUGCCCGAGGAAGAGUGCGAGACAACGUUCAUCGACAACAGUCACGUGCUUCCCGCGGGCGAGCAGCUGCCCACGCGUCCGCCGACAAGCGCCGGUCCAACUUGGAAAUAG